AUGUCCCCGCCCAGUUUGUCUACCCUGACUAGCGACGCUCUGGUUCACGAGUCCCAUUCUCCUUCCAACGUGCACGGAGCCGACAGCACGGACAAGACAACAUCUAGAGCUAAGAAGAAAAAGUCUAGGUAUCAAACCAUGCCCGAUGAAGUGGAUCAAGCGAUCACAACCAUCUAUCGAGAGCUGGAAUCGGUUCAGGAACUGAGAUUAGAAAUUAAGCUUCUCCAAGAUAAAUUGCAAGCUGCUGAGCAAGCGCGUCAGAUUCUGGAGGGUCGUCUGGCACUCGAACGCUCCAGCCGAGAGGAAGCCGUCUCCCUGAGGGAUGCUGAAAUAGUAUCCCUGAAGCAGCAGAUUCAGGCGAUAACCAGUGCUCACGAUGCUCAGGUACAAGAGAAUAAUCUUCUCAAGCAACAUAAAGAGGAACAGAACUCUAUACAAGCUAAGCUGGACGAGAUACAGGCAUUGAAAUCGAGUCUUCGCAGGCUUCUCGGUGAUUGA